AUGUUGCGCGUCCGCCGCCUCGUGACGCUCUCGCAACGCGCGCAGUUCCUUCCCGACUCGAGUCUCCAGCGGCUGAGCAGCUUCCAUCGCCUCGCGCGAGUCCGUGCCUCGUCCGUCGCUUCGUUGCCAGUGCAGCGUCGCUGGACGUCCUGCGCGACGACGGACAGCGUCGGCCGUGAGUCGGACGUCGACCGUCGGACCACGUUAUUGGCCGAGCUCGACGUCUACUGCGACAGUGGCAAGUGGCGCCAGGCGCUCGAGCUUCUGGACCGCGUGGACAAGGACGAGGCACUGCCGAAGCUCGACGCUGCAAUGUACGAGCGUGCGAUUGCGGCGUGUGCUCGCACGGGCAAAGUUGAAGUGCUGCCUGGUCUGCUGAACAACAUGCUCGUGGACGACUUGACGCCCACAAGUGUGACAAUGGACUACAUCAUCCAGGCAUACCUGGCGAAAGAGCACUGGGGGCUAAUUGUACAGCUGGCCCGUGAGGCCACGGCCAUGGGUGUCGAGCUCUCUCCUGCUGCCUUUCACGCUAUCAUGGAGGCUUGUGGACAGGUGAAAGAUGCGGACAGUGCUAUGACUAUCAUGACUCACCUGAGUAACGCUGGCAUGGUGCUCACGACGGACCACUACGGUGCAGCUAUCCGGGCUGCAGGCAUGGCCAAGCGACCGGAUACGGCGAUGGCGCUGUUUGUGCAGAUGGAAGAGCACGAUGGACUCCAGGACGACGGACAAGCGUUUAAUCAACUGAUCCGUAGCCAAGUGCUGAACGGAGAGCUGGAACAGGCGCUGCAGAGCUUUGUUGUCGCCACGCAGCGCGGGCUGAGUGUAGCAGAACCGACCUACACGUGUGCGAUUGACGCGCUUGUGACGGAUGCCAAGUACUGGCAAGCCACGCGGUUGUUUGAACAAAUGCUGGAGCGCGGCGAGAAGACACCCACGGUGUUUUGUCUGGGUCGCGCGAUCAUUGCUUACACUGGCGCUAACCGUAGCCAGCACGCUCGAGCGUGUUGGCAAAAGAUCGUGGAGAUGAACGAGCCCAGUCCUAUUCCGACAAAGUACAACAAGAUGUUGCAAGGACUCACGCGUGUCAGCGAUACGAACCUCGUGGUGGACGUGUUUGAACACAUGCAGAAGCUGUUUGAACCCGGCCAGAUCCAUCAGGGGGCCUACACAACAGCGAUCCGCGCGUACGGUCGAAGGGGCGACACGCAAAGAGCAGUGGAUCUGUUCGAUGAGUACAUUGAGAGCUGCAAGACCACGAAGAGGAUAUCAUACUUUGUUGGCAUCUACUUGGCGUUGUUCAACGCACUUUCCCGCGACACUGUACGUGAUCCUAGGCUCAACACUCGCGACGCCAAGCGCGCUUGGAUGAUCAUGUCUGCGAAUGUACCAGUCGUGCUCCCACCCGCUUACGCUAGUCUUGCAGGCGUGUUUGCGAGCACCGGUGACAUCGAUACGCUCGAGGAGCUGAUCGAGCAAGCUGACCUGAGAUGGGGUGCCACGUCUGAAGCAAUGCAUUCGCAGGAAGUGGAUGAGGACGGUAUGGAAUCGGAAGCAGUUGCGAUAUUCGACGACGAUGAUGUCGAGCCGGGUCAUGGCAACGGUGGUAGGAACAACAAGGCGUUGUUGUUUAACGGUGUGAUCAGUGGCUUGGCUAAGGCGCGGGACGACCAGACGGCGAAUAUUGAGACUUACCUGGACGUGAUUCUUUCGCGCGGACUUCCGAUCACGGACUCAAUCGUGCGCGCAACAACGGACGCAUGCAUCCGCUUCGAGAACUGGGACUUGAUGGAGAAGCUACUGACAAUGGUUGACGUGGACGCAUGGGAGAAUCCCGAAGCUUGUGCAGGGGACACGAUAUCGAAGCUGCUUGAUGCGGGCAACUGGAGUUCGGCUCGGCAGUGGUUGAUGUUUUGUCAUCACCACGGGCUGCGUCCUUCCGUACGUCGCAAAGCAGAGCUGCUACGAGAAAUGGCCGCGACCCAAAGCAGGGAGUGGCGAGUUGCGUACGCAUUGGCCAACAUGAUCAUGUCCUUCCGCCGGCUGGUUCAACACAACGUGGACAGCAUUGCCGAUGCAGUUGACGUAUGCAUGAACGCUGAACGCACGGACUUGGCCGUGAGGAUUUUCGACGCCGUCGCGAGACACGCGUCACUGCGAUAUUAUCGCAACUACCAGCAGGAGAUGCAAGCCGAUCCAGAUGCGUCUCAGUCCUCGCGACCUGACGCGGUGCGUGUGGAGAUCCCGCUUCGCAUGUACAAGAAUGCGAUUCUCUCGCUGGUCCGCCAGCCCAAGGGCGAGGAUACGAGUGUUAGUUACAAUGGACGUAUGGCCAAAGCGGAGCGCAUUUGCAGGCACAUGCUGGAGGUGCAUGGCAAGAAUCUGGACGGCGAUGCACUGUCGAUGGCUAUCUCGAUCAAAGCUUCGGCAGGGGACCACGACGACGUCGGAGCUCUGUACGAAUCCAUGCGCGCGCUUGGCCUCCAGCCCAACUCAUACGCUCAAAACGCGGCGAUUGUCGCCUUUUCACGUCAGCGUCGCACGGAUCAAGUGCUUGCUAUCUGCGACGAGCUCAAGUCAACUGUUGAUGAUCAUGGCGAGAUCAGAACGGUCGAACCGAACGUGGCCAGGUCCUUACUCUUAUCGCUCGCACUUGCCCACGAAGAUGACGCGCUUCGCGACGCAGUGCAGACUCUGCCAGGAUGUACGAUGGAUGUCGCCUUGAAUGUGCUGGUGGGUAUGAACCGAGCUGUCGACUCGGUGGAGUUUUUUGACGAAACCGUGUCUGCCGACACGUUUGAGUCGCUUUUUCGUGAGCUGUGUGAGUCUGGCAACCCCGUCCUUGGCGCAACGCUUCUGCUCAAGUAUGCUCGGCUGCACGGCCUGACCGAGGUGCAUCCCGAGCGUGUGAUCCGCGUAACCGACGCUCUUGCUGAGUCGGGCAAUUUCGUUGAGGCAGAGAAGCUGUUGCAGAUGUACUUGGACGGAAGCAACGGUGUGUCACUGAAGCAGAUGCCGGCAUACUUCCAGCAACACGCGAUCGAGAUGCUGCUGUUCGUUUAUGGCGAGUUUGGCCACUUCGAUGCCAUGCGUGCACUGUUUGAGAAGGAGUUGAUGGUAUCUCUGUUCGAGGUCGCGCACUAUGAGGCAGCAAUGGAGUACUGCGCGCAAUCGCGUGACGAGCUGGCAGGUGCGGUGGCUAGUCUGAAGCUGUUUGAGCUGCUGCGCACUCGUGGAUUCAUCCAGCCGAGCGGGUACACGUAUUUAUUGACGCUCCAGAGCUGCCUGCGUCUGGAACGCUUGGAGCCCGCGAACGCUUCUGCGGUAAAGUCCACGGGCCAGGUCAUUUUGGGCGACGUGCAAGAGCACGGGUUCCAAGCGCUGGUUGCGGACGAGCUGAGGAAGCAAGUUGUAUCUGCGUACAAGCAGGUUCAGAUCAAGAGUCGGACGAAGUUUCGUCGGAUCAACAAAGAGUGGAACUCACCUAACACGAGCGUUAUGAGUCUGGAAGAGCUUGCGCGCAUCACACUCUUUUGUCACCACCACGGCAUGUCCAUCCCGAUGGACCUGGUCGACAAGUUGCUGAGACUGCACCGCCACUUGCCAGCUCUGCUCGCGAACGAGUUGGCGUCCGUGAAGCGCUCGCUCCAAAAGGGACCGGACGCAGUUGGUGCUCCUCGCUCGGGCGUCAAGAACGUCCCGACUAAGCGGGUGAUUGUGAAGCGAACUGCUGCCAAGACGAAGCGCAUAGCUCCCAUUUUUGCACAAGAGUCUGGACAGAGGCGGCCGCGGAGCAAGAGCUACCAGGCUGCCGUGCGUGCAGCCACUGAUGCGCGGUGGGGUGCUGUUCUCGAGCGAAUUGCGACGGACAAGGACUAG